GUCACAGCAGGCAGUCAGUCAGUCAGUCCGAGGUGAGAGAGCAAAGCAGAGAGGUUCACACGUGGAGGAGAAAAAACUCCAGUGGGAAGCACCGCGAAAGUGGCCUGUUUGUGAGGAGACACCCCAUAAUAACCAUGUAUCUGGAAGAACCGAACAGGUGACGUCUCCUCCUGCUGCUCUUUACUCCUGAGACGCUCAUGGAAACCCUCUGCAGGAGGAGCAGGAGUUGGAGGAGGACGCAGGCGGGGAGCUGGCUGGGAAACUCGCUCCUACUUUGUUUAUUCACCGGUGGUUCUGAGGCUCAGUGUGAAGGCUGCAUGGAGUACUGCUGCGAUGGGUCGCCGCCUUUCUGCUGCUCCUACUACGCCUACGUCGGGGACGUCCUCUCGGGCACAGCCAUCUCCGGUAUAGUGUUUGGCGUGGUGUUCCUGAUGGGGGCGGUGGCCGCCCUGUUCCUAUGCGUGUGCAUGUGUAUGAAGAACGGACGCGGCGCGCGGGUCGGCGUGUUCAGCACGUCAUACAUGAACACUGUGACGCAGGGUUACCCAGGUCCUCCGCCUCCGUACACCUACGACUACGAGAUGUUCCCUCCCUCCCUGCAUCCCCCGCCCUACACGCCGACUCAGCCCCGGCCGGCCAACUGCUCCCCUCCUCCCCCGUACCCCGGCUGCACCCGCAAGUGAAUUCCUGCUGCUCAGAUUGGUGUGGACUGGUUGUUGCACAUAAGGCCCGUGAAACUACGGACAAUUCAGUCGUUUUAUGACACAUUAAAGUGAGAGUUUAGGGUUUAGGUUCAUGUCUCCAGUGCCCGGUAGCCAUCCUGGAACUCUCUCCCUCUGCCUCCGUCUCACUGAACGUGUCCACCAGCAGAGACACGAAGAGGAAAUACAGAUUUUAGCUCACCUAAUAGAAUCUGCACCUGCUUAAGCUGCUGGUAACAAAGUUUGGAAACUGCUCCCUCUCCCGCACCAAAGUCCAUCGAGAAAACAAGCGUUUUUAGCUCAUGGAGAUACAGCAGCUGCUGGUCGACUGCUGCCUCGUGUGGUCAGUUUGUGUCACUGAAAUAAAUCAGAAUGAAGGACUUCAAACCCAGAAUUGUUCCAAAUAACACAUUUGAACUUACGGAUGGAGGCAGCAGUGGAUCGACAACUCCUGUACGCUGUGAUGUAAAAAUCCCGCGUUUUCUCUAUGGGGUUUGGUGCAGGGAGUGAGUGGUUUACAGAGUGACACAAACAUCAGUUACCAGUCAGAAAAGGCUGCUUUAACAGAAACAAAAAGCCAUAAACACACUCUUAAUGACUUUUUAAUUCUAAAUGAUCUUAUUUUUAUCAAGUGUGCCCUUUGAUGAAUGCAUGCAAUCUGUUUUUUCUUGAUAAAUACAUGUGAAUUUCACACCACCAUGCUUCGAAAAACCUUAAGAGGCCCUGUGCAAUUUUCUGGAGUAGUUGAUGAGGUAUUAAACAAUAAUUUAAGAAGCUGGGGGUCAGAAUUUUCUCAUCCUACUGCUGUGAUGAAGACCACUUCAGGAUUACGACGGACAUUCAAGGAGAUGAUGCUCACUUGAUCUAUGCCUAUGUGUGGGAUUGGAAGUUAAGAAUUCUACUAAUCCUGAUCCUGACGAUGUGGACGACUUGAAAAAGGACUGUGUUAUUGUCGCCAUACUUGAAACUGAACUGGGGACAGAUUUUUUUGUUUUGCUUGAGGUACUGUUGUUAAGAACCAGCCUGAGAC